CCCCCCCAACCGCUCCGCACAGGGCGCCUUCACCACCAUGAGCGGCCAGAUCGACGCCCUCUACAUAUACGAUGAGCAGAACAAUCCGUUCGUCGAGCAGGUCUAUCGCUCCCGGCCGCCCUCCGCACCGGCCAUCCUCCCCCUCUAUCUGGCCCAUGCCGCGCCGCGCCCAUCGCUCCUCUACAUCCCCGGGGCCACCCCGCCCGUGACCGUCUUCUCCGUCGUCCAGUCCAACCUGCUCUUUCUCGCCCUCUCCGAGGAGGACACCGAGCCGCUGCUGGUGCUGGAAUUCUUGCAUCGCGUGGUCGACGUGCUCGAGGAAUUCGUCGGAGCACCCUUGCUCUCGUCGAAGCUACAGGCCAACUACGAUGUGGUCGCGCAACUCCUCCAUGAGAUGUGCGAUGCCGGCAUCGUGUGCAACACCGAAACCAAUGCGCUGCAGGAGGUGGUCGAGAUGCCCGGGUGGAUGGGCAAGCUGUUGGGUGGUGUGGGACUAGCGGGAUCAUCCACCCCGAUCCUGGGCCAGUCCAAUGCCCUGAAACAAUCCAUGUCCGCCGCCGCCGCGCAAGGACCGGCCAUUCCCUGGCGAAGACCGGGCGUCCGACAUACCUCCAACGAGCUAUAUGUCGACAUCAUCGAGUCGCUGUCGGUUACGAUAGCCCCCUCCGGGCGGUUGCUCUCCGCUAUGGUCUCCGGUACCAUUGCGUUUACGGCCAAAAUAUCCGGGGUGCCCGACCUGCUUCUGUCGCUGACGGCCCCGGGUGGUCCGAAGAUGCUGGGGCAAAAGUUUGCGCUGCCCGUGUUCCACCCGUGUGUGAGGCUGGCGCGAUGGCGGGAACGCCCCGGCGAGCUCAGCUUUGUACCACCAGACGGGCGGUUCAUUCUCUCCGGAUACGAGGUUGACCUCUUGCCCAUGGAUCCCAGCCUCGACGACCCCCCGAGUCACAUGGAGAAGCUCUUUCUGCCCGCGAUCGUAAACAUCCGCAAGUCCCUCGGGCCGACAGGGUCAGAGUUCGAAGUGCGCCUCAUCCUCAACACGAACUUCCCGGGCUACUCGUCCGCGAGCCGGUCAGGCGUCGGACGCUCGGGAUCGGGCUCGACCACGCCCUCUUUCCUGCCAGGAGGCGGAGGAAACUCGUCGAUGCCAGUAUUGGACGAGGUUGUUGUGACGAUUCCCAUUCCGAAGUCGGUCCGGAACAUUACCGACAUGCAGGCUAGCCGUGGGGAGGCACUCUUCUCGCCGGGCAAUACCGCCCUCGAAUGGCGAGUACCGACCAAAGACGCCGGCACCGUCUCCGGGACAGCCACCCUCCGGUGCACCGUCGUGGGACACUACGCGGACGACGACCUGGAGGACGAGGAGGACGACCCGGACGCCAACCUUCUCCAAGGCUACUACGACGACGCCCCCGCAUCCUACCAGAACCCAGACGCCGACACGACGAAACGCAAGACGAAGAAAAAGAAGAAGAAGAAGGUGGUCAAGAAGUCCCGGGCGGCCGCGGCAGCAGCAGCAGCAGCAGCAGCAGCAGCGACGACGACAGAACCCUCCGCAUCAACCUCCGCCGAUCUCCUCCCUCCCGCAUCCGACGACCCCGAACACAUCCCCUGCCCCGACCCAACCCAACCACAAAGCCCCACACCCCCCGUCUCGUUCUCGGUCCGCGGCUGGCUGCCGUCGGGCAUCAAGGUCGAAAGCCUGAACAUCGACCCACGCCGAAGCCGCGGACUCGGCGAGGGCGUGAAGCCAUACAAGGGGGUGAAAUAUAUCUGUGUCAGCCGGAAGGGCGUGGAGCGGCGAUGCUGAAAUACGACUUGGCUUGGAUAUCUAAGUUUGAGAAUUGGCUAUCUGGCUCACAUGUGUUGGAUUCGAAUUUGAAUUGCCGAUUACGAUUCCUGGGGGAGAGUUUGCUGAUCUCGACGAGGCAAAGCUGCAGAUUAUAGAUACUAGGUACAUAGAAGUGAA